AUGGCCCCCCCAGAAGUUCCAGUAGAUGUGUACCAGGCCACAAGCAAAGUCUCAACGCUAAGUUCUGCAGCCUAUUCUAAGAGGGCCUUUGUGACGUUUUUAGCCGGCAAUGGCGAUUAUGUAAAAGGGGUUGUGGGAUUGGCUAAGGGUCUGCGCAAAGUGAAGAGUGCGCACCCUCUUGUGGUUGCCAUAUUGCCUGACGUCCCUGUGGAGCACCGUGAGAUCUUAAGGUCUCAGGGUUGUAUUGUCCGUGAGAUCGAACCAAUUUAUCCUCCGGAGAACCAAAUCAAGUUUGCAAUGGCCUACUAUGUCAUCAACUACUCCAAGCUCCGUAUUUGGAAUUUUGAGGAGUACAGCAAAAUGAUAUAUUUGGAUGCGGAUAUCCAAGUGUAUGAGAACAUAGAUCAUCUGUUUGACACGCCUGAUGGCUACUUCUAUGCUGUGAUGGACUGCUUCUGUGAGAAAACAUGGAGCCACUCACCACAAUACAAAGUUGGGUAUUGCCAGCAGUGCCCUGAUAAGGUUUCAUGGCCUGCUGAGUUGGGCUCCCCUCCUCCUCUCUACUUCAACGCCGGGAUGUUCGUGUUCGAGCCUAGCCGGUUGACCUAUGACAGCCUUCUCCAGACUCUCCAAAUCGUCCCACCCACCCCUUUUGCGGAGCAAGACUUCUUGAACAUGUUCUUCCAAAAGAAAUACAAACCAAUCCCACUUGUAUACAAUCUAGUUCUAGCCAUGCUUUGGCGCCACCCCGAGAACGUGGAGCUUGAUAAAGUAAACGUGGUUCACUACUGUGCUGCUGGAUCAAAACCGUGGAGGUAUACUGGGAAGGAAGCUAACAUGGACAGAGAGGACAUCAAGAUGUUAGUGGCCAAAUGGUGGGAAGUUUAUAAUGAUGAGACCCUGGACUUCAAGGCUGAAAACCCAGCUGAUGCAGAGGAAGAAGCUUUCGCGAGGUCAUCGAUCAUGGCUUCCAUGCCUGAGCUUGCCAUCUCCUACAUUCCUGCUCCCUCUGCUGCUUGA